UUGUUAGGACUGUACCACAUCAUCUAACGUCAAACUUCAGUGCACAGUGAACUAGUUGUAGUUAACCUACACGGUGUUAAGACGUUAUAGUCGACAUUUGAGGGCUAAGUUGGUAUAAUUUUCUCAAAUAACGACGUUUAAGAUGGUAGAGAUGGACGUGGACCCGGUGGAGGCGCCGGUGGACUGGUCCGACCUCCCCCCGGAGAUUGUGGUGCAGGUGUUCGCGUUCCUGAGCGAACAGGACCGGGCUAGCGCGGCGGUCACGUGCAGCCGCUGGCACGCGCUGCACUCCCACCCGUCCCUGUGGAGAUACCGCACCUUCAACCUGGGCAACACCGCGCAGUUUCACAGGACCUGUGACAUGCUGAGGCAGUAUCCGCUCAACCUGGCAUACUACCUCAAGACGUUCGAGGCAGAGUACCCUGAAACUGCUCGGGGCGCUCAUAGGAUGCACCAUUGCAAGAGAAUACAGAAAACCAUGACAACCUUCCUGUCACGGCUCAGGGGCAAGGCACAACUGCGCACGCUCAAACUGCGUCAGUUCGAGCUGCACCGACGGACAUGGCAAAACAGGAGUGCAGACCUGGUGAGGUCCAUCGCGUGGUUCCUGUGCAGUCAGGGCCGGCUCCGCUGGGUGGAGCUGCAGGGCAUGUCGGCCACCCCGGAGCACGGUCUGCGCAUGUUCAGUAGUCUCGUCAGGCGCAGUGGCGCCAGCAUCCGGGUUCUCAACAUACAGGACUAUUUUUGUCCAGCUCAGGCAAUCUACGCGCUCCCCGAGUUCCACCAGCUCUUCAAGCGGUUUCGCCACCUGUCGGUUCUGUACCUGAACUACAACUGCGUGUCGGACGAGCUCCUGACGACUCUGGCAGAGACAUGCAGGGAGAGUCUAACUGACAUUAACAUCAAGGUGUUCCAUAUGGAUCCACACUUCCAGCGCAUCUGGAGUAUGUCCUGGUAUUUCCUACGCAGCGCAUGCCCCAAGUUACAAGUCACUUUCACUUUCGAGCGCGUGCUGCUCUAUGAAGACGUGAAACAGUGCCUCCUUCCCGACAUGCCACUAGCCAACCUAGAGCUGACGUGCGGCAAUGAUUACGUGGUGCACAGAGACUGGGUGUUGUCGCCGACGGUCCGCUAUGUGGAACAGAAGUUUACCCGGACACUCCAGGAACUCAGCAUCGACGUACUGAACGCAGACGAUGACCUGUACGAACCCCUUCUUCAGCUGAUCCAGUCGUGCAAGAAGCUGUGGUCGUUAGAAGUCAGGACAUGGAUGAGAACAGCGUUCGUGGAUUCUGUCUGUCAACUCAAAAAGGAAGGAAAAACUAUACUGACGACCUUUAAAGCGGUGCUGGUGACUCACAUGGACGAGGAGACCCGUCAGGAGCUAGCGGUGGUGUACAGCAAACACAAGGACAUGAUUCGGGAAGGUCUGCUGAACUACAAUUUCCACGUAGAGUGGAACCCGUACUUGUGAACUGCUAAUCGCAGAUGGACCACUAGGUGGCGCUGUGCAGAAGUUGCUUCUUCAUACACUUGCACUCGAAACAAAAUUAUUUAAUAGUAUUUGGUUGCUUGCUCAGCACCCCAGACUAACUUUACAUAUGGACAUGACAGUGGAAGGUCUAGAUCUGCUGAACAACAACUCCCAUGUUGCAUGGAACCGGUACUUGCAAUUGUGAACUGCUAAGCGCGGAUGUACCGUCAGAUGCUGCUUUGCAGAAGUUGUAUUACCGUACCUGUAUAAAGGAACAACACUUAUUUAUUUACUUGCUCAAAGUCCGAAGCUGACUAAAAUGUAGCCGUCGAUCGUUGAGAAGAGAGUAAUAUAUUCUGUAAUUUCUAAGAAAACAAUGUAGAUGGACGUUGCCCUCAAGUGAUGUACGUUGUAUAUGAACUUACUUUAAGAGUUGCUUAAUUGGCAGGUAAUCACGACAAAUAAUGCGUGUCUUCAAAGUGUUUUAUCAAUAUUAAACAUC